AACACAUCAAUCUGAGCACAACGAUUCUCUACAAUACGACCUUCAGUCGAGAGGUACAUAAGGUAUCAGUAUCUUGCUCACACUCGGUAUAUUGUGAGCAAAGCAGCACAUGAAGUCGACUCGAAUCCAGAAUAGCAGGGCGGUUGGACAAUCACGCGUGUCCUUAGGUCGAGUGGUAGAGAGGUGGCCGGCACGCGGUGAGCGCGCACAGUGCCGGCCGUCGACGCGACUGGGCUGGCUGAGACCGCGUCCACUCCGGCGGAGCUAACGGAACCAGUACUUCAGCACCCGUGGCUAUGGCGAUCGACAUGUUGCCCGUUGCCGUACUUUUACUAGCGCUGCAUUUCGUAGCGGCUGAAAUUCCAUCUUACAUAAAGAUAUGUCAACGUAACGACCCCAACGUGGACAAAUGUAUUAUGAACUCAGUAGACGAGUUGCGCCCGAAAAUAUCCAAGGGUAUUCCCGAGCUGGACGUGCCGGGCAUCGAGCCGCUGAGCCUGGGGCAGAUCGCACUGGCGCGCGGCCCGCAGGGCGCCAAGCUGACCGCCGUCGUCAACGACGUCAAGGUGCAGGGGCCUAGCAACUUCAUCAUACAAACACUUAAGUCUGAUUUAAAUAAGAACCGGUUCGACUUCAAGCUGCUGCUGCCACGGCUGGACUUCCACGGGAAGUACAAGAUGGACAUUCAGGUUCUGCUGCUGCGGCUGCAGGGCCGCGGCAAUAUCACGGGCACCUUCAAAGACUAUGCGUGCAACGUGACGAUGCGCGGGCACAAGGAGACGCGCGGCGCCGACGAGUAUCUGAAGUUCGACCCGUUCAAGGUGAAGCUGCGCGUCGGCGAGUCCUCAAUCUACCUCACCAAUCUGUUCGACGGCGAUCCCGUGCUGGGGCCGGCCACCAACCGCGUCAUCAACGACAACUCGCAGCUGUUCCUUGAGGAGAUCCGACCCGUGCUCGAGCGCUCCCUCGCGGACCUCUUCACCGAGAUGGCCAACAAGAUAACUUCCAAAUUUACCUACAAAGAGCUGUUCCCAUAGCGUCGGUGCCCACUCUCUAACCGGAGGGCUUCUAGCUAAGUAGUUGCAAUAUGAAAGAUGUGAUGUACAUUAUAUUUAACGUAGUUAAAUAAAUAAGUGUAGUAAGUCGGAAUUAAAGUGAAGAAAGUUAGUUAUAUAUAAAAUUAGAUGAAUUAGAUGUUUUUUUUUUGAGUAAUUGAGAAUAUAAUAGUUUUUGUAUUGAAAUAAAUAAAUAAUUUCAUGUAAUAAAUAAUAAUAAAUAAAUUAGAUGAAUAAAAUGUAUACAGGUCCUUUA